AUGGCGAUACCCAUUAGAGCCUUGAUUAUUUUGGUGGAUGUUCUAAUAUAUCUAAAACUCAACUGUUGCAUGGAAAUAGAUUUUUGCAUACCUGUCAAAUUGGAUCACCAACAACAAGACAGGCAAUUCUCCCGGCGCGCGGAGAAACCAAAUGACAAGCAGAUUGUUUUCAGGCUAAGUGCUUUCACACAGGAAUUUUACCUCAACCUCAAGCCGGACUCUAAUUUCCUUGCACCAAGCAGCAUGGACCCCGAUAGUUUUUAUUCACCACCCUAUACCUCUGCAACUACUGAGCUGAGGCAAUGCUUCUACUCCGGUGACGUGAACGCAGACCCGGAUUCAUUCGCCGCGCUGAGCCUCUGCAAAGGUCUCGCCGGAGUUUUCUCUUACAACGGCACGGAGUAUUUCAUUAGUCUGGAUGGAAACGCGGACGUGUCGCGAUAUGAAGUGGCCUUCGACCGAACUCACGUUAUCCGUCGCCGUGGACGCGCGCGCUCAGGUGACCGUCUCGCCAGCAGGUGCGGAGUGGCGCCCGGCACCAACCUAAACAUGUCGGGCUCUCUAGAGAAAUACAAGUACAUGGAGGAAUUUGACACGGACGGCUUGACCGAAACGGUCCUGAAAACGCUGGGCAGAUCCAAAAGGUUCGCCUCCAUCCCCAGGUUCGUGGAGGUCCUUGUGGUCGCGGACGAGUCUAUGGCCAAAUUCCACGGCGAUGACCUGAAACAUUACCUCCUGACCCUCAUGUCUGUCGCGGCCAGGCUUUACAAGCACCCGAGCAUCCUGAACUCCAUACACAUAGUGGUGGUGGGAUUUAUGGUGAUCAACGAAGCUGACAAGGGACCUAAAGUUUCCAGCAAUGCAGCCCUGACCUUGCGCAAUUUCUGCUCCUGGCAGAAGAAGUUGAACAAACACAGUGACAAGCACCCCGAGUACUGGGACACUGCCAUACUCUUCACCAAACAGGAUCUUUGUGGGGCCACAACCUGUGACACUUUGGGAAUGGCUGAUGUGGGAACCAUGUGUGACCCCAAGAGGAGCUGUUCUGUCAUUGAGGAUGAUGGUUUGCCCUCAGCUUUCACCACCGCUCAUGAAUUAGGCCACGUCUUUAACAUGCCGCAUGACAAUGUAAAGGCAUGCGAGGAUGUAUUUGGGAAGCUAAGUGACAAUCACAUGAUGUCUCCCACACUGAUUCAGAUCAACAGGAACAGACCCUGGUCUGUGUGCAGUGCAGCCAUCAUUACAGAGUUCCUUGACAGAGGUCAUGGUGACUGUCUGCUGGACCAGCCACAGAAGCAGUUGUCUCUCCCAGAGACCCUGCCUGGUUCCAGCUAUAGCCUUCACCGUCAGUGUGAACUAGCUUUUGGGGCAGGCACCAAGCCCUGCCCCUACAUGCAUCCUUGUUCCAAGCUUUGGUGCACGGGAAAGGCCCGUGGGCAGCUGGUGUGCCAAACCCGACAUUUCCCUUGGGCAGACGGCACCAGUUGUGGCAAUGGCAAGAUCUGCUACCGAGGGGGUUGCACUGACAAAAACAGCACUAUGCACAUCAAGGUGGAUGGCCAGUGGGGGAAGUGGGGUGCAUUUGGCGAUUGUUCCCGAACCUGUGGUGGAGGGGUUCAGUUGUCCAAGAGAGAGUGUAACAACCCUGUCCCUGAAAAUGGUGGCAAAUACUGCUAUGGCCUCCGUGUCAAGUAUCGCUCCUGCAACCUCAACCUCUGUCCUGACACAGGCAAGAGUUUCCGAGAGGAGCAAUGUGAGGCUUUCAAUGGUUUCAAUCUGAACACCAACAGACUCAGCUCCUCAGUGGUUUGGGUUCCCAAGUACUCUGGUAUCUCACCCAAGGACAAAUGCAAGCUCAUCUGCCGAGCCAAUGGGACUGGAUAUUUCUAUGUACUUGCUCCAAAAGUUGUGGAUGGGACUCCGUGCUCUCCAGACACCUCAGCUGUAUGUGUACAGGGGAGGUGCAUUAAAGCAGGCUGCGAUGGCAAACUCAACUCCAACAAAAAGUUUGACAAAUGUGGUGCGUGUGGUGGGGACAACCAGGGCUGCAAGAAAGUCUCUGGAUUGUUCACUAAACCCAUACAUGGUUACAACUUUGUGGUAAUCCUGCCGGUGGGGGCCUCCAACAUUGACAUCCGUCAGCGUGGUUACCGAGGAAUGGUCAGCGAUGAAAACUACCUGGCGGUGAAGAACCGGCAAGGCAAGUACCUCCUGAAUGGCAAUUACAUAGUAUCGGCCGUAGAGAGGGACCUCCUGGUGAAAGGCAGCUUGCUCCGCUACAGUGGCACCUCUACAUCUGUGGAGAUGCUUCAAGCCACCAGACCCCUCCAGGAGCCUCUUACUGUGGAGGUGCUCUCAGUGGGUAAGAUGACUCCUCCUAGGGUACGUUACUCCUUCUACAUAGCCAAGGAAAGCAAGAAGGAGAAGACUCUACGGAAAGAAGACAAGAGCCACACAGCUCACAACAGCGUCUUGGUGAACAGUAAUAAGGUGGAGGUAAAGAAGCAGGUGCUGGACAAGAGGCCUAUCAGUCAGUGGGUAACAGGAGGAUGGGAUGAAUGCACAGUGACUUGUGGAAACGGGCUACAGAAGAGGACGGUGCAGUGUCAGAGUGUGGAUGGACGCCCGGCAGCUGACUGUGACAGCGCUUCUAGACCUGUAGCCAUGAGGGUUUGCGGGGACCCCUGUCCAAUGUGGGACAUAGGGCUCUGGUCACCCUGCUCCAAGACCUGUGGGAGAGGGUUUAAAAGGCGGGUCCUGCGCUGCGUUACUCAGAAUGGUCUGAAUCUACCUAGAGAUCAUUGCUCUGGAAAAAGAAAGCCUCAGGAACUGGACCUAUGCAACCUUAGGCCAUGUUAG